CGGGAGCUCAGCAGCUGCCACACUCUGCAGAUAUCUCUCUAUUUAAAGUUCAAAGAGGCACAGGAUAACAAUAAGGAAGGAAGCCGCGUGGCCCUGACUAAGCCACCCAACAAUAGAAAUAAUGGCUGCAAAAGAGUCAACAUCGCCACAGCUAAUGGUUCCCGUUCUUCUCCUGGUUGGAUGGAUUGUAGGCUGCAUCAUCGUGGUUUAUAUCGUCUUCUCUUAGAAAAGCAAGAAGACUUCAGGCUGAUACCACAUAGAAGAACUAAGAAAAACAUGAACAUGAUUGAUCAUUAAAGGUGUCUCAUAUUAAACAGCUGCAGUGUUUCACAUCUUCUGGAAGCUAGAAUUUGUUUGCCUAAGAAUAUCUUAGGAACCUGAUCCAAUUACAGAUAUAAAAUAUAAGAAAAUUCAGGUGGAGUUUUCUGUGUCAAGAAAGUAGGAAAUAUAUGCUGCACUAUGGCUAAAAACACUUGAAGCAGCAGGGUUGAGUAUGAUAAUUUAAUUAGAUUAAAAAUGUUUUGUAGGCUCCUUCCAAAAUGAA